GCUGUGGGGGCCAGGUUUAAGAAGACACUGGGGUUGCGGAGGGCUGUGACAGCUGUCAGGCCAUGACUAGGGCAGACCCGUGACUCAGGACAGCGUGAAGCCGACUCUAACACCAACCAGCGGCAGAUAUGAGUAGCGGUAGCAACUGCACAGGCCAUCUACUAGCAUUGGGGAUCCCCUCCAUGACGUUUGCGUGGGGACUGUGGGCCCUCUUAGGGGUUGUGACAGUGCUGCUUCUCAUUUCGCUGGCUGUACUCUCGUCCCAGUGGACCAGCCGUCGGAGCAGGAGCCAGGAGGCGCAGGGACGCUCCGGAGAGUCCGUGGAAGAAAUUCCCCUGUAUGGGAACCUGCACUAUUUACAGACAGGACGGCUGUCUGAAGAGCCAAGGCCAGAAGGGCAGGACCCAUCUUCUGGAGGCCCUGCCAGGGUGAGUCAGCUGGCCGAAGAAAAGGGGAGGGAAGGAAAUGGGGAUCGUUCCCGAGGGUCCAGAGAACGUCUAACAUCCUCGCAUCUCCAGGCUACGGAGGAGGCGACGUGCUACACUAGCCUGCAGCUGCGACCUGCACAAGGUCGGGUCCCCAGCUCUGGGACCCCCAUAAAGUACUGUGAGGUGGUGCUGGACUCUGAGCCAAAGCCCCAGGCCCAGGGCCCUGAGCCGGAACUCUAUGCCUCAGUGUGCGCCCAGACACGCAGAGCCCGGGCUUCCUUCCCUGAUCAGGCCUAUGCCAACAGUCAGCCUGCACCCAGCUGAGGAGGACCUGCAACUGUGGGCAACCAUGGCUCGCUACUGGAUCAGGGACUCCCGCCGCCUUGGCUAGUGCAUGCCUUCUUCCCGACUACCCCCAGGAGGUUGUGACAGUUGAUGUUACUUAGUGCGGUUGCAAGGCAUGCAUCUCAGAGUAUGAAGGUUCCUGACUGCCUGAGGAUGGAUUGUAAGACCCCACCCCCUUCCACUUAUCUUUUCUGUGUUCCUGUAAGCCCCCAAACUCCCUGCUUCACACUUUUUCCUCCUUCCGGGGUUUAAACCCGGGUUCCCUAUCUCCCCUUCUCAGCUUAUCAGAUACCUCAUUGUCUUCUCAGACACAGGAAGUGGGCAGGGAGGAGGUGGUAAGAGCCAGAGAGGAUGUGGGUGGGUACCAUGUAUGGGAGCCCACACUGAAAGGCUUCUGGAGUCUCGGGCUUGAUAUCUGGCCUGAAAACCCUGGACAGGGAAUGGUCUCCAUGCUGCUGUCUCUGGCAUAC